AUGACAGCGAUCCAGGGUCCCACUGGCAGCGAGACGCACUUGGAGAACGGGAAUCGAUUUAUUCUAAAUCAUCCGGCCGAUAAGAAUGCACCGAUCACUCAGGUGAAGACGGUCGAAGCGAAAGAAACGCAUCCACAGACGAGACCGAAAUUUGAGCUCGAGGACCAUCCCAUCGACGAGGUUCGACAGAUCAAGGUCGGGGUGAUUGGAGCUGGACUGUCAGGCAUUACAGCCGGAGUAUUGCUGCCUGCUAAGCUGCCCGGACUGGACCUGAGAAUCUAUGACAAGAAUGCCGACGUGGGAGGCACAUGGUUUGAGAACACGUAUCCCGGCGUGAGAUGCGAUAUCCCUGCGCAUGUGUAUCAAUCCGGAUUCGAGCCCAACACGCAGUGGACGGAGGAGUUUGCCCAGGGCCAUGAGAUCCGCGAGUAUUGGCAGCGUGUCGCUCGCAAGUACGAUGUCUACAAAUAUCUCCGGCCACGGCAGAAGGUGCAGCAGGUGGAAUGGCUCCCUAAAGAAGCCAUAUGGAGGGUUAUUCUGGAGGAUCUGGAGGGUGGAAAGGUCUACGAGGAGAAGCUGGACGUCGUGGUCAAUGCCAUCGGUCACUUCAAUGCAUGGAAACUGCCCGACUACGAGGGCAUCAAUGACUACCAAGGCGAUCUGUUCCAUUCCUCCAACUGGAAUCACAACGUCGACUUGAAAGGCAAAAGGGUCGCACUUAUUGGCAAUGGAGCCUCUGGGCUGCAGGUGCUCCCGUCCAUCCAGCCCGUCGCAGCACACGUGGAUCACUACGCCCGGAAUCGCACUUGGAUAGCAGAUUCGUUUGGCACUACGGGCGUUCGACGACUGGAACCGAAUCUAUUCUCUUCAGAGCAGCUUAAGUCAUUCAAGGACCCGGAGGAGUAUCUGAAGUACCGCAAGAGCGUCGAGCAGGGCUACUUCUCCCGUUUCGGAGCUAUUUUCAAAGACUCGCCCGAGAACAAAGAACUGCGCGAGAAAUGGACCAAGCUGAUGCUGCAACGUGUUAGCAACAAACCCGAACUAGGAGACAAGAUCAUCCCUGACUUUCCUCCCAAUUGUCGUCGUCCUACGCCGGGACCAGGCUACCUGGAGGCGCUCACGAAGGACAAUGUCAGCUACAUCCAGACGCGUAUAAAGAAGUUCACAGGCAAGGGAAUCGUUACGGAAGAUGGAACGGAACGCGAGGUCGAUGUCGUAAUCUGUGCUACAGGAGCCAACGUCGACCACGCGCCUCCCUUUAGCAUCAUAGCGGAUGGCAUCGAUUUGAAAAGCGCAUGGAAAGCUGACGGAUUGUACGGCCAUCCAUACAACUACCUUGGUGUUGCCACACCCGGUUUUCCCAAUCUAUUCUGGAUUGGAGGUCCCCAUUCCACCGGACACAGCGGCAGUGUCCCCAACAGCAUCGAGAAUCUGGUUACCUAUGUCGCCAAAAUCCUGCGCAAGAUCCGCAGCCAGGGCAUACGGACGAUGCAGCCUUCUAAAGCGGCCACAGACGACUUUGUAGAGUACUGUGACCAAUUCUAUCCGCGGACGGUGUGGAACGAGAACUGCAGUUCGUGGUACAACGGUGGUCGACCUGGAGGGAGGAUUCAUGGUCUGUUUCCUGGGAGUGCAGUGCAUCUCAACUAUAUCCGACGUGACCCGCGGUGGGAGGACUGGGAGUACACAUACACCAACCCCAGUGAAAAUCGAUUUGCUUACUUUGGCAAUGGGUGGAGGCAACGAGAGUUGGACAGUGAGGCUGAUCUGACGCCGCAUCUGAAGAAGCCAGAGACGAUUGAUCUCCGGUCAUAUCUCGAGGGUUGGUGGGAUGUUUGA